AUGGCAUGGGAUGGUGUCUCUCAGUCUGUAAUUGACGUAUAUCCAAAAUUGUUUAAAUUCAUGGAGAGACUCGAUAGAAAUAAUAAUAACAAUAAUAAUAAUAACAAUGAAAAUAUUGGAUAUUCAAAAGUUUGUUGUCAAUGA